UUUGGAUUUAAUUUUGUUCUCUAUCCAGCGAGGGGAUGUGUUGAUAUAUUUUACGCCGGCUACACUUCGAGUGGUGUGUACACGAUAAACCCCGACAGAAAAACAGAUUUUGAGGUAUACUGCGAUCUGGAGACUGACAGUGGAGGCUGGAUUGUGUUCCAGAGACGACAGGACGCUUCUGUCAGCUUUCAUCGGACGUGGAAUGACUACAAAUAUGGCUUUGGAGACCUCAAAGGGAAUUUCUGGCUUGGAAAUGACAAGAUUCAUCGCAUCACUUCCGCCAAGAAGAUGUCGCUGCGUAUCGAGCUUGAAGAUUGGAACGGGAAAAAAGUGUUCGCCCGAUACGACAGUUUCAAGGUGGACAACGAAAAAGCCAAGUACAAAAUAACGGUCAGCGGUUACAACGGCACGUCUGGGGACUCUUUGAGUUACCAUAGCAACAUGAUGUUUAGCACGAGAGACAGCGACAAUGACAAGUGGAAAACGGGGAGCUGCUCAAAUGACCUGACAGGGGGAUGGUGGUUUAACGAUUGUCACCACUCGAAUUUGAAUGGGCAGUUCAUGGGUAACACGAAGGCUUACAGCGGCAUUAGCUGGUCUCGUUUUAAACAUAACCUCUCUUUGAAGUUUGUGGAGAUGAAAAUGCGAGCACAGUCGUUUGACAAAGAAAAAGAGGACGAAUGACUGAAAUGAGACGGAGAAAGAUGGGUUUCCAUUUUAGCGUUAUUUUGAGCGCGUCAACGAGAAUUUUAAGGGCUUUACGUGCCUAAAAUACAAUAGAGGCUGAGAAAACAUGUGUACGGUUUGUGAGUGCUGAAAAAGAUGAGUCACUCUGAACUUUUUUCUGUAGACACAAGUCGUCCAUACAUUUGCUCUGACAUAUGACCGUUAACGCACGUAAAAUAACGCAACAGUGGAAAUCCCGGCCCGCUUAAGGGACUUCGAUAUUAGGACAUCUACCACAUAAAGAUGCUCGCUUUUAUAUCCCUUUACUAGGACAAAAGUACCCAAAACUAAUAUUUUAAUUUGCAUAGUCUUAACUGAAUCACGUGAAAUUACCACUCAAGAGCUAAUAUUAAAAUGCACACAGGAGCUCUCACAAACAAUUUUUUCAUGAAGAGGGGACAUCUGAGACGUAAAAGUUAGAACCACCUUUUACUGCAUAACAAAUAGUGCUGCAUGGAAGUACUGCUCGAUAGCUUUCAUUUAAAUGGUCACACACUAUAGUUCCAUCCAAAGAUUUAAAAGUUAGAAUUACUUGUAUACAUCAUUAUCUUAUAAAUAGUACACAUGUACUCCUCUAUAGGUUUCAUUUGAAUGGCACACACUGUAUGGUUUCAUCGUACAGUAAAGUAUACAGAACCACGAUAAA